AUGGAGUUUAUGUCAUAUAAUGAAAGCUCAAACGAAAUAGUACAAGAUGAAAAUCAAGAAGAAGGAAUGAACGUAUCUGAUGAAAGUCUCUGUGGUAAGGGAGCAGAACAUUGGGAGGAUGUAAAAUAUGAAAUCGCUGAUGAUGUUUUUGAUGGUGAUGCUAAUGAUUAUAGUAAUGAUUAUUGUAAUUAUGGUGGUGGUGAUAAUAAUGUUCAGAGGAGUGAUCCUAUUUUAGAGGAGGCGGAAGAAGAAGAGGAAGAAGAGGAAGAGGAGGAAGAGGAGGAAGAGGAGGAAGAAGAGGAAGAGGAGGAAGAAGAAGAAGAAGAAGAUGAUGAUGAGGAAGAUGACGAUGAUGACGACGAUGAUGAUGACGAUGAUGAUGAUUAUGAUGAUGAUGAAUAUGAUGAAGACGAUUUUAACGAAGCCACGGUUUCUUGGAUUGAGUGGUUUUGCCAGUUAAAACAAAAUAUUUUUUUAAUUGAAGUAGAUGAGGAUUUUAUAAGGGACGAAUUUAAUUUAAUUGGGUUACAAAAUAAAGUACCUCAUUUUAAAAAGUUAUUGAAAAUAAUUCUGGACGAAGAUGAUGAUGAUGACGAUGAUGACGAUGAAGAAGAUGAUUAUGAUGAAGAUGAUGAUGAAAUAAAUAGAGGAUCAGAAGAGAUUUAUAAAAAUAAAGACAUAUAUGAACAAAAUGCUGCUUGUUUAUAUGGACUGAUACAUAGUCGUUUUAUUUUAACUUCAAAAGGUUUAGCAUUGAUGAGAGAAAAAUAUAAAUCAGGAAUAUAUGGUACAUGUCCAAGUAUAUAUUGUGAUAAUGCAAAAUUAUUACCAACUGCAAUUUCAGAAGUACCGAAAUUUCUAAGUCCACUUUUAUACUGUCCUAGAUGUUGUGAAACAUAUUAUCCUCAUAAAAAUUCAUUAAUUAACCAAUUAGAUGGUUCCUAUUUUGGUACCAGUUUUGCUUCAUUUUUUGCGCUGUCCUUUAACAUUCAAUCAGAUAAAAAAAAAAUCUACUACACUCCUCAGAUAUGUGGUUUUACUAUAAACAGAGAUAUAAGAGAAACAUUAUAUAUGGACAUGAACAAAGAUAAUAGCGAAUCGUCAGAGGAAUACUCUUAG